CCUGGAUGGACUGGGACCUUCAAGAACACUUGUUUCUUUCAUGCCUACAACCUCUGCCAACACAAUUCUGACUCCUUGGGGAAUGGAAGGCUGUUCUUUCUUUCGUGGCCCUUUCCGAUGAUCUAGACUUGACGGAGUGAACUUGGCACUUGGUACUCUGCUGCACAGGGUCUGUGCCAAACUUUGGGGCUCUCACGUGCCCCUGAUACAGAAGGUGCUGAAAAGGCAGCAUCUUAUUCCUAGGGACAUUGUUGCCAGCAUAACUUUCCCAAGAGUCAGAGUGAGAACUCUCUGUCUCUCUGUCCCUGUCUCUAUCUCUCUCUGUCCGUCUCUGUCCCUCUCGUUUUCUCUCCUAGUUUUUGUCUGUUUCUGACUCUCUGGUUUGGGGGCGGGGUUGGUAUCUCUUUUCUGUUGCUAUCUCUAUCUCUCUUUGUCUCUGUGUCUCCCUGACUUGGGCUCUGUCUCCUCGUUUUGGUCUGUUUCUGUCUCUGCCUCUGUCUCCCCUUAUUUUUGUCUCUCUCUCUUUUUUCUGUCCCUGUUCUGCCUAUUUCUCUCUUUGUUUGGUUGACUGUCCCUCUCUGUUUCUGCUUGCCUAGGUCUUUCUUUCUCCCUUCCCUCCCUGUCUUCUUUCCCCUCCCACACUGUCUUGCUUCUUUGGGAUUUGGGGUUUAGAGGUUGUUGGCUUUUUUCACUCUCCUUUUUCCAGUUCCUCCUCCUUUCAUUCCCCCUUUUUUUCCUCUGGCCCCCUCCUCUUCCCUCACCCCCUCCCUCUCUCGCUAGCUCAUAUCCUUGCUCUUUCUGCAGCCAGGAGAGGCCAAAAGAGAGACUCGGCGGUGUAAGAAGGAGCAGCCAGGGUAGAGGGAGUGCUAGAGCCGAGAAAUCAACAGGCUCGAGCGGGUGGGGCAGGAGGAGAGUUUCCGCGGGGCCAGAGUUGCAGUGAAGUACCCUCAAUCCGUUCUGCUGACCAGCAAUGGCCAGGGAAAGCUUCCUCCCUUCCCUUCUAGUACUGCUCUGUAGCAUCCUUCCAUGGCUUUUCGUGCUCCAAACUGAAGCUGGGCCACAGCAGGAAGACAGCUUGUACAUGUGGAUUGGUGCUCACCAAGCCAGGGUCCUCAUAGGUUUCGAAGAGGAUAUCUUGAUUGUUUCGGAGGGGAAGAUGGCCCCAUUCACUCACGAUUUCCGAAAAGCUCAACAGCGAAUGCCGGCUAUUCCUGUUAAUAUCCAUUCCCUGAACUUCACCUGGCAAGCCACAGGAAAAGCUGAAUAUUUCUAUGAAUUUCUAUCCCUCCGGUCUCUGGAUAAAGGCAUCAUGGAUGACCCCACCAUCAACAUCCCAUUGCUUGGGACGGUUCCCCACAAGGCAUCAGUUGUUCAAGUGGGAUUCCCAUGUCUUGGAAAACAAGAUGGAGUGGCAGCAUUUGAAGUGACGGUGAUUGUAAUGAAUUCUGAAGGCAAUAUCAUCCUCCAAACUCCUCAGAAUGCCAUCUUCUUUAAAACAUGCCAACAAGCUGAAUGCCCAGGAGGGUGCAGAAAUGGAGGCUUUUGUAAUGAAAGACGGAUCUGCAAAUGUACUGAUGGAUUCUAUGGGCCACACUGUGAGAAAGCACUCUGUACACCACGAUGCAUGAAUGGCGGACUCUGUGUUACUCCUGGCUUGUGUAUCUGCCCACCUGGAUUCUAUGGUGUAAAUUGUGAAAAAGUCAACUGUUCAACGACUUGCUUUAAUGGAGGAACUUGCUUUUACUUAGGAAAGUGUGUUUGCCCACCAGGACUGGAGGGAGACCAGUGCGAGAUAAGCAAAUGCCAGCAAGCCUGUAGAAAUGGUGGGAGAUGUAUUGGGAAAAAUAAAUGCAAAUGUUCCAAAGGCUACCAAGGAGAUCUCUGCUCCAAGCCCGUCUGCGAGCCUGGUUGUGGAACUCACGGGACCUGCCAGGAACCCAAUAAAUGCCAAUGCAGGGAAGGCUGGCACGGACGACACUGUAACAAAAGGUAUGGAGCCAGCCUCAUGCAUGCCCUAAAGCCACCAGGCACCAAGCACAGACAGCACACGCCUUUACUUAAAAAGACCGAAGAGAGGCACGUUCCACCUGAAUCCAAUUACAUCUGGUGAACCCCAGCAUGUGAAACGUUUUAAGUUACACCAAGUUCAUAGCCUUUGUUAACCUUUCAUGUGUUGGAUGUUAAAAUGCUGUUCAUUACAGGGAAGAAUACUGGCCUGAAUUUUAUUAGCUUCAUUAUAAAUCACCGAGCUGAUCUUCCUUUUAAGUUUUCUAAGAGCUUCUUUAGCAUGGUGGCGUGUCUCGUUUCGAGGCUUUCUAAACAACGUUUGCGUUAGAAAAUCCAUUGAUCGAGUUAAACUUAGCUGAAGAUGAUUUCCAAAACUGAAAAUGCAAUAAGGUAGGUGACCAUGGUAUAUUCUAGAGAAGUCACCCCUGACUUUAAAAGACAAACAAAGACAAAUCACGCAGACGGGAUUGGGCGAAGCAAUGAUUGCUAUGAUUGGCUAACUAUGUUUUGCCCUUUUAAAAAAAUCCUUAUUAUCAUUUAGAUUUAGACCGAAAUAUUGGAUAUUUAAUACAUAAAUAUGGAUAUUUAGAACAUCGAAAUAUCUGAUAUUUAGAAUAUCUAAAUAUGGAAUAUUUAGACAUAAAUAUUGGAUAUUUAGAAUACUUAUGUAUCGGGUAUUUAGACACAAAUAUCUGAUAGUUAGAUCUAAACCAUAAACAUUUAAGGUUGUAUUGGUUUUUUUUAAAGAAAAAUGAAUUCAUGAUUUUUUAAAAUUUCAGCAUAAUAUUUUGAUUUCCCUGUUUUUCCUAAUUUUCAAUAUUAAAAAAACGCACUCUGCUAAGUGGCAUUUAUACAAUAUAAUAUAUUGUAUACAGUAAAGUAGAAAUAUAAUGUAUGAACUUUUUUGCAUUGGCUUGAAGCAAUAUAAUAUAUUGUAAACAAAGCACAAGUCUUGUAUAAUAAACUGUAUGCUGACUGAUGUGUAUAAAAUAAAAAGGAGGCUUUAAUUUUC